AUGACAGAUAGAAAUGUCGACGACGCACUGUGUACGAAUCUCUACAAUAUUGUAUUGCUGGAUAGUGACUAUUUUUAUGGCACAUCAUUACGCACUGGGCAGAAUAAGAAAUGUUACAGUGAACUACAUGAAGUGUUCUGCAGGAUAAAGUGCGGCGUCAAGUCGAGUCUAUGUAUUGAAACUCAAUGUUAUUGUGUAUAUUAUGUACAGAAUAUGAACAAAAUUGAUGGUUCUCAAGUGAUCUACUUAGCAAAGCCCGACGGACCUUUAAAGAAGAUUACUCUUCCUGAUGACUUUGAAGAUGUUAGAGAUAAAGAUAAAGCAGAUAUUGAAUAUUUAAGUGAACCAAAUUUUAAGGAUUUAAGAGAUCCAACGAUGUAUUCGUUACGCCCAUCUCUACGUCAUCAUAUUGCACAUUUCUGUCCGAAUUUAGAAGUAGCAAGACAAUGCAUUCGAAAAUGUAUGAAGUUAGGAAAACCAGCGUUUUGUGGAAAGGAUCACGUUUGCUAUUGCGGUCAUAAGUACACCAGUACUGAUACAAAUCCUGUUGUAAAUGUUCAAGAAAUGUAUGGACAGUUUCAUGACUUGUAUGAAAAAUAUUUCGGUACAUCAAACAAUGUUCAGCACAUAGAUGAAGAAAAUUGA